CGUUCGUUCGUUCAUUCUUUCGUGCAGCUGCUGGGUCGGGGGAGAACGUGGCCCCGGGGAUGAAGCGGAGCCCGGGCGGGUGCGAGCAGGAGGAGGCGGAGGCGGAGACGGAGGCGGCUGCGCGUUGCUGCCUGCUGGACGCGGUGCUCAGCUCCCUGUAUGAUCUCGGAGAAGAGCCGUUAGUUAAAAAUGAAAAGAAAAAGAUCCAAAAGAAAAAUGUGGAGAACAAGAUGGGGUCAGAACCGUCCAGAACAGUAAUGGAAGAUAGAGAUGCAUGCCCUGAUUCAGCAAUCUCAGGCAAAAGGAAAAGUGCUUCCAGUUUCUUUGAAAAACUGAAAAAUGAGAUGCAUCAUGACUCUGUUGAUUCAAAACGAGCCACCCCAGAAACCAGGGCUUCUAAUGCUGUGUCACCUGAAUCUACGCAACAGGGAAAGACAACAGAGGUGGAAGUUGUGACAUUUCGUGGUCGGAAUAAAAAGAAGAAACCUAAAGUGGAACUCACUCAGGACAGUGUUUCAAAGACAAAGAUGGCUAUUCCAGAGAAAAAUGUGGAUGGACAAGAAUUUAAUUUAGAAAAAGCCCGUCUGGAAGUACACAGGUUUGGAAUCACUGGAUAUGAAAAGAAAGAACAGCGGAUAUUGGAACAAGAACGUGCCAUCAUGCUGGGAGCCAAGCCUCCCAAAAAGGAAUAUUUGAACUACAAGAUUUAUCAACAGAAAAUUAAAGAGAAGAAAACAGUGAAGAAAGAAGAUCAUAGUAUGGAAUAUAAAUCUGAUGCUAUCAAGAAAAAGAAGAAAAAGGGUCAGGAGCAGAGGAAAUCCAAAAAGAAAAAAUCAGCAGUCAGUGUUUUGCCAACAGGACAAGUUGGAAAAUUUACAAAUGGGACAUUGAUUCUUAGCGGUAGUGACCUAAAGAAAAUUAAAUCAUCAAAAGCAGUUAAAUGAAGUUGUUACACCACAUCAAAACAGAAAGUGAAAAAUGAGCUAGAAUUAAUUUCCUAACUGAAAAAUGUCUACAUAGCCAGUGUUUCUUUGCUGUAUUUUAAUACCUGUUGCAAUACCUUGGGGUUUUUUUUAACCUCAACAUCACCGAGUUUCCACUCUGGGGAGACCAUAAAAUACAUUGUUACAUCAUAAAUUCUGAGUAAGAAAAAAUAAGUUAUUUUUUCCUAAUGACAAGUAACCUAAAUAAACUAUUACUUUCAUUGGCUAACAAAGGUAUUGUACUUUAUUCAUCUGAGAACUGUUCACUUUGCAAGCUGAAAAUUACUUGGGUGUUGUCUCAAUGCAAAAUGUUUGUUUGUUUGUUUGGGUUUUUUUUAACUGAAGCAAAAAGGUUUAGCUGUUUAUGAGUAUGAGGACAGUGAGGAAAUAGCCCAAGCUUUCCUAUUUAAAAAUAACAUUCUUUGGAUGUUUGCGCUUUUUUUUUAAACAGCUCUUGCACUGAAAUACAACCAUAGGUGGGCAACUCAAGUUUAGCGGGGAGAAUAACCCUCACUGUGGAGUCCAUGCUUCUGAAUGUCCUGGUGACAAUUGGCAGGCAGUUGGCCCAGUAAUGAGAGUUCAGAAAGCACACUUCAUACAUGCACAGCACCAGGGAUGGAUUAAGGCAAUUACAGGCCAUGUGGAAGGCAUGACAGAGCCCUCCAGCUUGGCUCUUCUCUCCUCACAGAGAAGCAGGGGCAUCAGCAUGGGAUUCCCUUCUCCCCAGGAGUGGCGUUGUAUGUUGUCCUCUCUUCAGCAGAGGCAGCAGGGGUUCACCCACUUCUACCUCCCCAGCGAAAGGACAGCAGCCGGGGCUCUCCAGUACUUCAUCCCAACAGCCAGGGCAUAUUUAUUAAGGGGUUGUCCUCUGUGGGGGUGGUGUUGGGACAGUCCCCCACAGUAGGGUCUUGGCAUUAAUGCCCCAUUGAAAUGCAAGGGGCAGUUCAUACCUCUUGUAGCUACUGCUUAGGGUUCUCAACUAACUCAGGCAAACAUAAGAAUGGCCAUACUGGGUCAGACCAAAGGUCUAUCUGGCCUAG